UGCAAGUGGGUGCAUGAGUCGAGUGAGACCGAGGUUGCAGUCAAUACUUUGGGGGAUAAUGUAAAUGAUCACGAAGGUAUGGACAAAAUAUUCAAACAGAGGAUUUGUCGUGAGGUGUAUGUCAGGGAAAGGUUGAGACACAAGGUCAUCCUUACCCUCUAUGGAAUAACUGCGGGUUUUGGAAUUACCCCAGGCCCAUCCUUUGUAUACCUGUGGAUGGCAGGCGGCUCCUUGCACGAUUACGUAAAACGAGACAAUUUUUCUGCACGUCGGAAGUUGGAUGUUGUAAGUCGUUUCGAAGUCCGUGGUAUACCCGAGUUCUCCAGCUCUGACCUCGAAUGGGCAGCUAAUAGAGGUGGCGCAUGGUAUCGAAUAUUGUCAGUGUCCAUCAUGACUCCACGUGCAUGGAACUCACGCGCAAUGUCAGUACACAAGCAAAACAUUGUACAUGGCAAUUUGACAGGUGACAACAUUCUCCUUGACGGCUCAGGCCAUGUGCGCAUUGCAGACUUUAGUCACUCGGUAAUCUUGAGUGAAGCAGAUAGUCGGAUGUUCAGCGAGCAGCUUCCGGGCGAUGCAAGGUACACUGCGCCCGAAUCUAUCUUGGCUGGUGGCCGGACAGGAGCGCCAAAGCCGACCAAAGAAGGAGAUGUGUACUCAUAUGGUUGUGUCGCAAUUCUGGUAUUAUCGGGAAAGGUGCCAUACUGGUGGAUUUCGGAUGAGAAUCAAGUGCUUUCAGAAAAAGCAAAGGGCACACAGCCCUUUCAUUCUACUAUGGAGGUUGACAAAAUGCACCUGAACUUGGUGCAUCAGUGCCUGUCUGCGGAGAAAUCCCGUCCUCCAAUCGAGAAUGUCAUCUACUUAGUUUUAGUCCAAAGUUUCGGGUGAGUGACUGGCCUUUCUUGCAUGCCGUUGUUAGGCUCAUCAUCUUCAGUGCUGUUGAUCUGACGAACUCGGUCAAAUGACUCAACAAUGUCCACCAGAACUCCGGAGCAUUUGCAAAGGUUCAUAGGUGCAAAC